AUGCCAGCCUUCCAUUCCACUUUUCUCAGUGAGGACUCUGAAAGAAUUGUGGGCAAUGUUGUCUUGUUGCCCAUCCACACACAAUAUAGAGGACCUUCUUAUCCUCCGACCAGUGAAUACGACAUUGUCGAGGAGGUGCUUGACUUGUUCAGAGCCAACUCAUUUUUCAAGAACUUCGACAUCAAGGGUGCCGCUGAUAGAUUGCUCAUUUAUGGCAUUUUGUUUGUGAGCGACUGUUUGUCUAAAUUGAAUUCUAGAAUGAACCACAAAGAGGCUGUUCGUGUGCUAAAUAACUUGGCCCUUGACUCGUUUGCUUUACCUGGUGACAUUGGCUUUCCAUUGAAUGCGCUCUAUCAGCCUCCAGCCACUAGAAACGAUGCAGAAUUAUUGAGGGGUUACUUGCAACAAUUCCGUCAGGAAUUGGCUGACCGUUUGUUGAAACGCAUUUACGCCGAAAAUGAAAAUGUCCCUAGUAAGUACUGGUUGGCUUUCACUAGGAGAAGAUUUAUGAACAAGAGCUUGUGA